GGGAGGGAGCCAGCUUGUCAUUGUGAAAUAGUUGGGUGGAAUACACGUGUGAACUGCAGUUCCUCUCUGCACUGCGCUGAAUGGUGACCAGCGACUCAAACAGACAGGAGGGGGAGGACUGACCAGCAUGGAGCUCCACUCACCCAAAAAGAGCUGAAUAAACAGUACAACACAGCACUGCAGUAAAGACAAGACACACACUGAGAAACACGGACAAAAGGACGCAAGAUAGGAAAGCAAGGUUUUGUUGGGAUACAAGAGCAGUUGGGUCAAGCAUUGGUGCCCUCAGGAUGUCGAGGAGGAGCUCUGCUGGGGAUUUGGUGCCCAAAGACAUCACUGAGGUACUGGCCCUUCAGGCUAGUAAGAAGAAACGUGGUUCAUCUUUAAGUCGGGCUUUUAGUUGGUUCAAGGGCAGCAAGCGCAAGAGGAGUCUCAGCAAUGGACAGAGCAGGUCAGGAGCCCCAUGUGGACGUUCUGAGGAGAACACUAGAACCAAACAGAUUCAUGCCAGUAAUGAUGCCUCUAAAGGUCAGAAGCAGGAUGAGCAAAGAAAGCUGACUGUACACUACACUGCUUCCCAGCACUACCAGGAGAAUGUGUUCAUAGAGGGGAGCAGGCCAAAAUAUCUGGAGGACCUGCAUACAGAGGCUCAAGAGGGACUGAAGAUACUACAGCAGGAGGAGAACAAAAAUGGAGUGGACUUUCAGGAUGACCAUAUUGUGCCAGAGGAAGACACAAGCUCAAAAGAAAGGAAUGAAUCGCUUGAGAACGAUAGCACCUCAGGACACUCCAUCAUUUCAGUGUCGACUGCCUCAGCAGUCUCUACACGUCCAGUGCUUACACGUCAAGGUUCUACAUUUAAGCCCUUAAACCCUGUUAAACGACUGGAUAAGUCCAAGAGACGGAGUCGAAGAACAACUAUCAUGGGAAUACCACAGCAAGUUCAAAGAGAACUUGAUAUGGCAAGAGGAACUAUGCUGCAGCAGCUUCCAAACAGAGGACAUGACAGUGAAGAUGAUUCAUCUGGAACAGUUGUUCUACAAACAAUUGAUGGAGAUCUCCCAUCUGUAAAUCAUGAAGGGGCUCGUGUACACCUGCAGAACAUUGAAGUCCUUCAGGCAUCAAGAGAUGAAGACUUGCUUUUGAACCACAUCCAUUCUGUCUACCAAGAUGAGUUAAACAGAAAGCUUGGACUUGGAGCAUGCCCUACACAGAGGCCUAAGUCACUUGCUGUGCCAGGGAUGACCACUUACUCUUUCCUACAAGAGCCUCAAGGCCCUGUUAUGUCUAUUUCUCCACAGGCAACAUAUUUAUCUAAGAUUAUUCCAAAUGCAGUUUUGCCAGCUGCAAUAGAUAUCAUUGAAAUCAAUCAUGAUCACAACCGAUGCAGUGCAAGUACAGCUAGCAAGGGUAGUAUGGCAUCAGCUAGCCCAUCUUCUUCACGGUCUGGAAGUGGGACAAAUCAAGCUCCUCCCACUACUAGUCCCAGCAGGAGCAAUUCACAAUCAUCGGAGACUAUAGUCUCUAAUUCAUCCACAAUCUCUUCAAAAGGAAAGUGUCUACCAACCUUUGAUGCUGACAGCGCCAAAGACAUUUCGGUUUUAAUCCCAAAGGACAUGAGUGUUUCGAGCUCAAGCAGUUGGAAAAGUUCUGAGGGGAAAGGUACAAAUCACAGACUGAACCCCAGAGAGUAUGGUGAUGCAGGGGACAAUGUCAGAAACAGCCAUUCGUUCUCCCGUAGUCUUUCUGUUAUGAAGACAAAAUUACCACCAGCACCACCUCAGAGAACCUACUCUCUGCAUCAUGAAAACAUGCAGAGACAGAGAGAGCAGGGAGACAUACAAGAUCCCAAAGAUGUGGCACCAAAUAAUAAUGAGCAAACAAACAGAGAUAUCAGCAGUACAAAAGAAAAUCAUCAGUCCGCUAAAAACAAGAAGAGUUCAGUCCAUUCUUUAGAGCUUAGAUCAGACUUCCACACAACUGUGAAAUCUAGUCCACUUAGUCCUGAUCAAGUUUUCACUGGAAGGCAUGCCAGAUCAGGUAACUCAUCCCCACAGAAAACUAGAGAAUGUGGUGAAAAUUUUGAUAGGACUUUGUCUCCUUCAAGUGGCUACUCAAGCCAAAGUGGGACACCUACGCAUUCCCCUAAAGAGGUCAGUCCCUCCUCACCUGGAAAGAGAAGAGUAAAGCCUUCAAAACCUGAGAGAGUAUGUGCAAAGACUUCACCUGUGGUUUCGGUGUCUUCAUCACUAACAUCUCUGUCUUCAGUCAUAUCAGAUACAGCACAUCAGGACAUUCAAACCAAUACCACUUCAUCGGAACCACUCAAAUUCUCCCCUCCACUUACAACAGUGAAAAACAAAGUUACACCUACACACCAAACUAUUGCUCUUAGGACACUAUUCAACAUUCCCCCACCACCCAAGGUAAAAGCCCCAUCUCCCCCACCCCCUGAAACCUGGGUUCAAAAUAAACAGACCCUUGAACUACUAUGUGGCCCAGGCCCAAACAUCCAUAAGUUGGAGUCAUUAAUAAGUAAAACUCAAAAUAAAAAUUCAAUGCAAAUCAAUGAACAAGUAAUUCCAAAGACACAGACAACAGAAGAAACUAAGACUGAGAACACAGUUGUAAAAGAGCUAACUAAAUCUGCAUCACCACAAGUGCAUAAACAAAUGAUGGUAGAACCUCCAGAUGUAAGGCAUACAGAAAAGUCCAUUUUACAUAAUGAAUUAAAAAGUCCAGAAACACUUGCAAAGGUAAACCAGAUCCCUCACACACAAGAUGAGAAAACGAUAGAGGACCAAAAGGACAGAUGGAGUCAAACACUUCCUACAACAAAUGUACCAUCUAUUAUAGUUGAUCAAAGCAUGCUGUCACAAACAAACUCUAUAGAAAAAACAAAAGCUGCAACUGUGAGCAGCAAUGAGAACCAAAGAAACUGCAUUGUUACCGACAUCGUGAAUCGUAUAUCAGUGCAAACACUCAAUAUAGAAGUACCUGAGGUCAAUGGUGUUUCUCCACCUCCUUCUCCACCUCCAGAACACCACCCUCCUCCCCCACCUAUUAAAAAGAUGUCAGACAUGUCAGUGUCUAUACCACCUUCCGAAAAGGAGGAACAAAAGCAAGUGGAACAAGUAACUUUCCCAGAGUCUUCUUGGCCUCCACCUCCACCACCAAUGGAAGAGUCAACUGAAUUGAUGUUUGAGGAACAAGAUGAGCUUGACUUCCCUCCACCACCCCCUUCAUUCAUACAUGAACCCAUGUCAGAGAUAUCUGACGAUUUUCAUGAAGAGUCAUGUGAAGAGGUCAGUAUAAAAUUAUUGUCAACGAAUGUCUCAGAUAUGGACAGUAGUCCAGAACAAGACUCAGAAAGGCAUACCAUUCUGCCAAAAAGAAUUGUACAAAACAGUGUGGAGGUCAGACAACAAGACAAGUCUUCUGACAGUGUAUCAGAAUUUUUGGAGGACCAAGCUGAAAUAGAAAACACAAAUGUAGCCUCUACGAUAAUAUCCAGUCAUUUACCAGAUAAGAACUUACAUGAGAAGGAAACGCUGGUUUCCACUAGCAUUCCACUUGCACCUCCUCUUCCUGUAGAAGAACAAUCUACUAUUAACUUCCGAAAGCAACUGAGCUUUGUAGAUAAAGACAACAGGAGCAAAGAACUUCUCUGUCGACACAAAAGCACACCUAUUCCAAAGGAGGAUGCCAACAUUCCACUCGUCACACCUUCUUUACUCCAGAUGGUGCGACUAAGAUCUGUAAAUGUUGGUGAAGACCAAGUAAACAACGAUUCCAAACCAAGUACUGAGCCUACAACAAAUGAGGAUCAUAGUAUUUCUAGUCAAGUAACACCACAGAAGCCUAUUCGCAGAUCCCUAACUUUGAAGUCCAACUCACCUGCUAAGUCGUCCUCUGCUUCAUCCGCAGUCCCAUCCAUGUGUCUUCAGGAGGCCAUACGUAUGAAGACUGCAGCAAUGUCCUGCAGUGGAGUACCUGCAAUGCUAAAUCUUCGCUCAUCUUCAGGUAGCAGUGCUACUUCACCCGUGCCAUCUCCUAAAUCACCAGACGGAUGUGACUUGCUAAUGUCCCCUGCAUCUACAGCCAGUUUCAUAUUCUCCAAAAGCACAAAAAGAGUUGUGAUUGAAACACCUACUUCUCCUGAUGUUCAAGCAAGCCUCAAACAGAGUCUUGCAGCUGAGAUAAUGCAGGUUUCCGACCAAGCCAAGACGAUGAUUACAAAUGGAACAAAAAAGCCAAUUAAGGUGCCGCCACCUGUUGCUAAGAAACCAGUGCAUGGAAGCAAUCCUCCAAACAAGAUGGAAAAUGCAACACAGGAUAAGACGGAGAUCUUGACAAAUAAGCAAAUAAUGAGGGUUGAUGUUAAUGGGCAAAGUGAUCAAGUGCAUCCUGCUGGCCAGCGAGCACAAUCAUUAGGGAACCAGGAACAAGCAAGAAGUACAGAGACCUCGUGUUGAAGAGACAUAAGAUGAGUUUUGAUUGGACUGCUAGUAAAGAGAAAAGGACAAAGCAAGUGAUGAAAGCCCAAGUAAGGUCUUGAUCAAGAAUUUAUGGUUACCACCAUCGUCUUAAAAGCCUUAGCCUGAAAAUGGCCUUCAAGUGUAUGCAAAAAGCUUUUACUCCCCAAAACAUGUUUUGUAAAAUAGAUUUAUUACAGCUUUCAAGUAUUUUUUUAAGAGCCUCUCUGCUCUGGAAAGAGUCGCAUUUAGUUUAUAAUCGACUUAUUAAAGCAAAUGACUGCAAGACUGAACUGACAUCUAGUGGUCACUGUUGGUAGUAAUCACUGCUUGGCGCCAAAAAAAAACCCUGUAUCAUAUUUUUUUGAUAUAUCCAAGUAUGUCCAAGCACUUGAUUUUAGCUUUUAAUGAAAGUUGAGGAUACUAACAAUUGUGAAAGAUUUAGUGCUACUGCAAUCAACUCAAAUAUGUAAUUAUACAUGUACAGAACGUUCUGUUAUCUUUAUGAAAUCUGCAGUACGCUAACCAUGGCUGAAAUGUAUACACAAAAAUCUACAUAUUUACUUUUCAUUAGAUUGAAGCACUUUGUAAGCUAGAUGCUGCAUUUAAGUUGGAACCAGCAAAAAAAAAGGUAAGAGUAUUGACUGAUGGUCCCUCUGGAAUUGAUGUAAAAUGUAUAUAUACAAAAUUUUUAGUAGCUAUUUGCUUCAAGAGGGGGUGAAUAGAAGUGCUACACUGUUUUAAAAUGAAAUAUGCAUUAAAGAUAUUUAUAGAUUUA